AUGACCACGUCUGAAUCACCCUUCUCUGCUCGAGCGGCGGAAAUAUACGAGCGCAUAUUGUCUGACGCGGCAGAGAAUGUCAAAGCCUCCCAUGAGACCGUGCAGCGCGCCCUUCAGGCAGAUCACAUGGAUCUGGAUGAGAUCGUCAAGGCCUUAGGAGCUUUAAAGAGUGCGGUUAAUGAGGAGCGUCAAGCGCAGUCACGCCAGAUCGUGGAGAUGUGGGACAAGUUCUUGCCCGCCGUACAAGCACGUAAGGACGCAGUCCAAUCUUUUCCCGAAGGCGUUGAACUUGCCCAACUCAACGCCACUCUUGCCGAGUUCGAGCAACAGCUUACCGCCAAGCUACCAGAGGCAACGACACCCGGCCAGGCCGGAGGCUCGUAA